AAGUGAUUAAAUGUAAAAAAACCCUUCCUGUUCUUUGACGACGAAAGAACAUAUUGUAGCUAGCUCAUUCUUAUGAAGGUUAACAAUAAAACUCGUGAUUUUGACUUACUAUGCCCAAAGCGACAGAUGAUUGACGGUAUCCAAUGAUCAGGCAGACGAACAUAAUGUUGCGUGGAAUAAAGGUGUGGCCAAGGGACUACAACUGCCCGCUUUCUACGUUCGCGAGUUCCCAUGGCUUCAACGAUGGACGACGAUUUUUUUUUUGGUGCGAAAAGUUCUUAGCGUAGGCAUUAAGCUUGCUGAACCAAAAUGUUAAAGGUGAAUGUUAAAAGUGCGAGCAAUCUUCCCGAUGUCGAUAAAUUCAGCGGAAAAAGCGAUCCUUACGUGAUAGUUAGCUUUCAAGGUCAGGAGCGGAAGACAGACGUUAUUAAAGAUGAACUCAAUCCGGAAUGGAACAAGGAAUUUGAGUAUGAUCUCAACGGACAAGAAUUAUCGGCUCAAGAAACCCUUUCGCUCAAAGUUAAAGACUGGGAGAAAAUAACACCUAACCGUCUUCUCGGCUCGGCAUCACUUCCUUUAAAUAACCUGGUCCGCUCGAAAAGUAACUCGUUGGACACCGAGCUAGACUUGGUAGACGGCCAACAAAGCGCAACGCCCGCCAAACUCAAGAUCAGUUUAACUUACGAGCCGCCGCCAUCCGCUAAAGGAGACGCUCAAGGAGGUGAAGCUGAAGGAGAUGAAGAAAUGGAGGAAGAUGAAGAAAUAGGGGAACCAGGCAAACCAGGAGCUACGAAAAGGAGGCGUCGAAAGAAGAGGAGGGCGUUAUCAAACAAACCGCAAGAUUUCCAGAUCCGCGUUAAGGUAUUUGAGGCCCGUCAAUUAUCAGGAGGUAACAUCCACCCUGUGAUUCGAGUGAGUGUGGCAGAUCAAGACAAAGACACAAAAAUCAAGAAAUGUACAAACAACCCUGCAUUUAACGAGAAUUUUUCAUUUAGUUUUCAUGCAUCGCCAAUGGAUUUAUUUGAAGAAAUAGUCUCGUUUGAGGUUUUCGACUCGAGGAAGUACCGUAAAGAUGCCCUGGUUGGCUACUUUGAGAUGGAUGUUUACUCUAUAUACGAUAUGCCAGGUCAUAGUUUUAUUCGUAAGUGGAUGCUAUUAAGUAACCCUCAAGAUAAAGGAGGAGAUGAGAAAGAACCGGGUAAAGGAAAGAGCGCCAAAGGAGUUCGAGGCACUGCUAAGGGUGGUUCGCCUGCCGGUUACCUCAAAGCGUCUGUGAUUGUGCUAGGACCUGGGGACAAGCCACCACCUGUGUCUAAGCUCGCAGAAGAAGACGACUCUGACGAUAUAGAGGCAAACCUCCUCAGGCCUACUGGAGUUGGUCUUCAAGAAGCAGUGUUUACUUUGAGAGUUUAUCGAGCAGAAGAUCUUCCACAGAUGGAUACCGCAUUGAUGCAAGGUGUGAAGAAAUUUUUCAACAUGCAGCAGGGCGAUGAAAAACUGGUGGAUCCUUACGUUCUUUUUCAAUUUUGUGGGGAAGAGAAUCGGACUUCUACUAUAUACAAGACGGACUGCCCGGAAUUCAAGGAGACAAUAAGAGUUCCUUUCAUGUUUCCAUCGAUGUGUCAGCGAGUAAAACUGCAAGUAUUUGACUGGGAUCGACUGACUGAUGAUGAUUGUAUUGGAACGACUUUUAUCUCUCUUCAAUCGAUUUCUGGACAAGGAGAGGAAGGAUUUCUUCCAAUGUUUGGGCCUUGCUGGUUGAAUUUCUAUGGUUCUCCGAGGGAGUUUUCUGAACUCCCGGAUGAAUACGAUGAUCUUAACCUCGGAAAGGGAGAGGGAGUGGCAUACAGGGGUCGAUUGUUGGUGGAGUUAGAAAGCAAGUUGGGUGAAGAAAUCGACAAGGCAUUGGAAAAGAUGAAAGGACCUGAACUUAUUCGUGUACAGCCAUAUCUCAGUCGCAGCAAAUACAAGCUGUUCGCUUGUUUCUACGAAGUUUCGAUGGUGUUUGAUGUGGAUGGGCCUGUUGAAUUCGAAGUUAGCAUCGGCAACUAUGGCAACAUGAUGGAUGAGUCCAUGGCGCCUUCGAACACGCCUCCUUGCAACGCAGUGUACGAUGGAUGCAAUUAUUACUAUCUUCCAUGGAGCAGGGAGAAGCCUUGUGUAUGUGUGGAAAGCUACUGGGAGAACAUUGCCUUCAGAUUGGAACCCUUAAAUGCCUUGCUAAGGAUUAUUGAUCGUGUGAAAAGCAAAACAGCAGAAGUAACGUACAUGAUAGCCAGUAAUGCACCAGAGGUAGACCGCGCUUCGUCGUUGUUCUCUUUACUGGAUCAACUCAUUGCAGACUGCAGUAACGGUCUGCCAAACUUGAAAGGAAAAGCAAACAAGCUAGAUGCUAAGCGCCGUCUAGAGAGGAAAAGCGAACUGCGUUCCAUUGCACAGGAAGCCACCGAGUUAAAGGAAAAAGCCACAAGCGUCGAAGAAGCACUUUCAGACGUGGAGGAAUUUCUUCAACGAUUACAAGAUCUUGCCGAGGAGCCUCAAAAUAGUUUGCCCGAUGUGAUUAUCUGGAUGAUUAGCGGCUCCACAAGAAUUGCCUACCACAGGAUACCAGCCUACCAUGUUAUGUUCUCACCCAGGGAGGAGGCCUGUGGUAAAUAUUGUGGAAAAACAAUCGAGAUCGACAUGAAGUAUCCCGGUAAGAAAGCCCUUGAUAUCGCAGACCACCCAGAACUGCCUGCGGUCGUCCGCGUAGAGUUAUGGCUUGGCCUCGAAAGGCAUCAGAUCAAUUGGACUGCACGUGAACAGAGCGAAGGUGAAUUUGGUGUCUUAGCAGAAACGGUGACCCAGCAAAUAAGUAAGUUACCAGGUACUGUUAUGAUACACAGAAUAGCAGAUACGGUCGUUGUAGUAACAGAAGUUGUUAAUGGCGCCCAUACUUGUUCGCAAAGUAAAGAGAGCGUUUUAUUUCUUAUCCUUAGCUUAUUAUUUGACCGCGACUCAGGGCAUAAGAUCUUCUUGGAAGAUGUAUUUGAAAACGAGGCGAGGAUGAUUCCUGGUGGGAACUGGGGCCAAGCAUCCGCGCCAUGGACAAAUGUGCAUGGUGACAAGAUCGACGAAAAAGACAAGAUUAAAUGUCCAGAAGGCUGGGAGUGGACUAGUAACUGGGAAGUCGACGACAACAGAGCUGUGGACGACGAAGGUUGGGAGUACGCAGUUGAUGCGUCUUACGGAGUCUAUGGAGCAAUACAGAAGGCUUACCAUUUGGUGAGAAGAAAACGUUGGGUCAGAGAGAGACUCCUGAAGGAUCCGAAGGCUGUUGUAAAACAGAAAGAACUUGAAGAGUUUGCGAAAGAAGGGUGGGAAUACGCCCCGAUUUUCACGGCCAAAUAUCACCACAAGGAAAGAAAGAUCGAUUUUGUCAGGCGACGACGUUGGCACCGAAAAAUGGUUGCAAAAGGAGGACAAGACGUCAAAGUGUCCAUGCCUCCCGUGUGUCUUCUAGAAAUUGACGGCGAGGAAGACAGUAAAAACUGUUUGAGGAAUAUUCCAAGAUUGUUUGUCACCUAUCACAAGCCUCACAAGUAUCAGUUGUGGGCCUACAUUUAUCAAGCACGUGAUUUGCUUGCGAUGGACGAAAGUGGAAUGAAUGAUGCCUAUGCCCGUGUUGCAUUUUGCAAGCAAAGUGCUGUGACAGCAGUACUGACUCAGACUCUGUGUCCCACCUGGGAUCAGACUCUGAUUUUCGACGAAAUUGAAAUUUACGAAGGUGUCGUGAACGUGGCAAAGAACCCGCCAAGUGUGGUGGUAGAGUUGUUUGAUCGAGACUCUGUGGGUAAAGACGGAUUUCUUGGUCGCUGCGUGAUAUCGCCCAUGGUAAGGCUAGAAGGACACCAGACUCCUGAACCCCGACUGCAGUGGCACAAGAUCAGAAGAGGAGAAGAGGAAGGAGGCGAACUAUUGGCUGCUUGUGAACUGUUCCUUGACGAAGGUGCAGAGUUACCAUUCACUCCACCCAUGAGAGGAGAACUGUACGCCGUGCGAAGUGGUGUGCGCCCAAAGUUACAGCGCUCGGCUAUCGAGGUUGGCUUUAUUUCCCUUUAAUUUUUUUGUGUUAGUUUUCAUUUCUUUUUAAUCGCUAAUGAAUCCAGAUAUAAGAAAAUCAUUUUCUCCUCGCUUCCUUUUGUUUAAGUCGCUAUUAACAUUAUUUAUUUCGCUCUGGGAAAACAUUUACAUCUAAUGGACGAAGUGGCACAAAUGUCAGAGGUCUCCUUUGUGUUGUCAGCUAGCAAGCUUCUCUGUGCUUCUGGAGAAAAGUUAUAGCAGAGUUCCGGCGGCCCGAAGGGCCGGUAAGCGGAGCCCCAUAACUAUAGGAACAGAGCCCCAUGCACGCAAUCCCAUGCAUGCAACAGUAUUACUUAUGUGCAAAAGGAGUGUUUAUGCAGAACUGAGAAGUUACAUAACCUUGUAAAAAAGUUUAAACUAAUAAUAAGAACAAGGAGAGGAUCUUACUCCGGAGAUCACAAAAAGAUAUUGUAUAAUUCUCAUGCGUCUCACAGCAUUCCAGUUUCAAGUCAUUAUUCAUGCAGGCUUUUAUCGAGAUUCUAUUUUAAAUUUGUCAACAACAUUCUUUCGUAACUCAUUUCUGGCAAAUGUGAUAACCGCAAUCACUAAAUCCUAGGAAAGUAUCAACACCCAAAAUCACAGCAAACACGUCAUUUGCCGAUAUUUUCCUUUUUCAAAUAAAAGCAACAAAUUCAUGCAAGAUUUUCUGUAUCAAUCAGUUGUUUGAAAUGUUGUCAAACACGGUCUUUCGUGUUUCAUAUAUUACUUCAAGAAGACUUGUCAAUGUUUCUAUCCUACACGGCAUCUUUUAGGGUCUCAGACCAUCUCUACAUGCUCUCUACAUAGUAGUGUUCAAU